CAUAGACAAUUUAAUCUGCCACUGAGCAGGGGAAAAAAAUCCUAAAAAGGUUUCUUACUGUUUUGCUGUCAGAGAUUGUCAUCUUAUAUUUUAGAUUUUACAGAACUACCUGGUGUGGAUUUAAUUCUUCAUCCUUUCAACCUUGAAGAUCUGAACGUUUUGGGCUUUGCUCUCCAACUGGAUGCAACGAUCGUCCAAAGAUGCUGACAUGGAUCUUGUUAAUUUAUCUGAGUGGUGUAUUUUUCUCUGGACAAAGCCUAAACUCGAAUGGAACAGGUUCAUACUUGGAUAGGUCUUCUGGGGCACAUCAGUUAGUGACAGCAGAUGGUAAUCCGCCAGAUACUGGUAUAGAAGUGACCUCAUUAGACACACAUAUUGAAGAGACUGAGGAUGAGCAUCUCCAAAGGAAGGAAGGACAGAGGGAGCAGCCUGGAGCUGAUUUUAGAAUCUUAAAGGCUGGAAGAAGAAGACGAGCUGCCUGGUGGAAAAGAAAACAUGCAACCAUGGAGGCAGGGCUAGUGCACCCCCUAUUGGCCAGGAGGACACAUCAAACUGAAGCAGAGGAGAUCAGGAGUCUCUUGGCCAUGUUCAAAGAAUUUCUUGCUGAGAAGAGGAGGCUAAUCAGUCACGGAAAAAGACGAGAGGAAGAUGAUGAUGAUGAUGAUGAUGAUGAUGAUGACGAUGAUGAGGAUGAAGAUGAUGAUGAAGAUGAUGAUGAGGAGGAGGAAGAGGAAGAAGAGGAGGAAGAAAAUGAGGAAGAGGAGUCUGAGGCUCCCAGCAAUCAAACAGACACACACACAAACUUCACAGAGUCUUUUGCUGCCACGUGUCAGACUGCAAACAGAGAAAUCAGCUGCAGAGCCAUUGGUUUGACUCACUUGCCAAUCAUCCGUGACCAUGAGGUCACAAAGUUGGACGUAGCAGAGAACAACAUCAGACAUCUCUCCCCACAAGCGUUCUCUGGUAUCCCAAACCUGAAAACACUGGACCUGAGCAAAAACAAUCUGGAUGAUGAGUCACUGAGCAAUAACCUCCUGUCAAACUUGACCUUUCUGAAGAAGCUGAACCUGAAUGGCAACCGUCUCACCAAGAUCCCAGCUCUGCCACCUCUACUGGAGGAGCUCAAGAUUAGCAACAACAGUCUGAGUGCACUGGGCCCUCACGGUUUCAGAGGUUUGAUAAACCUGUUGUACCUGGAGCUGGAGGACAACAAUCUCCAUGAGGGCGCUGUGUCACCACUCACCUUCAAACCACUGAAGAGUGUUCAGCACCUCCACAUGAGCAACAAUCGUUUCCGUUCCAUCCCUCCAGGCCUUCCUUCUUCCUUACAGGGACUGGAGAUGAGUAAAAAUAUCAUCGAACAGGUGGCAGAUGAUGAUCUGCGCGGCUGUGUCCAUUUGAAAGUGCUGAACUUCAGUCACAACCUGCUUCACGAGGGAAGCAUCACUACCCGUGCCUGGGCCCAUCUCAGAGCCCUGGAGGACUUGAACCUGUCUUACAACCAGUUCACCUCGGUCCCCAUCAACCUGCCCCGCCCUCUUCGCAAACUGUCUAUAGAACACAACCGCUUAAGUCACGUCCCCGCUUACGUAUUCAGCCACCUACGACCCGGCCUGGAGUCCCUGGAUCUAUCCCACAAUGUCCUAGGCAUUGAUGGUUUACAGCAGUUUGCAUUUGUGGGGACGUAUCGCACCCUCACUGAGCUUCUGUUGGACAACAACUAUCUUGAGCAAGUCCCUCGCGCCAUCCGCCGUUUUAAGAAGCUGCAGGUGCUGAGACUGAACAACAAUCAGAUCAGGAUUGUGAAGCAAUGGGGAGUUUGCCACCCGAGUAAUUCAGGCUCCACCAUGACCUCAGUCCACCUGGAAAAUAACCUGUUGGAGGUGGACAAAAUUCCCCCAAACACCUUCUCCUGUGUGAUUGAUGCUCAGGGUCUGGUCCUCUAUCCACAACACGGAGUCACACAGGACCAGUAAUCUGCACAGAGAUCGACAUAAUCAUGAAGAAAAACCAAGCACGUCUCUUUUUUGCAUCUUUAUCUCUUUCUAUCAUAUGAUGCUGCUUCUCUCCUCUGUGUACUAUUUUCAUCCUUAAAAUUAAGCUUGACUUGCAGUUUAAUUGUAUGAAAAAAAUCAGUUUGCACAGUCAGUUUUCAUUUCAACAUGCUCAAACUAAUCAUUUCUUUUAGAAUCUUACCUUUAAUUUAGAAAAUGACUGUGGUAAUUGUGUCUGCAUUAAAGCAAAUGUGCAGCUUACACAAUAAUUAAAGUUAUCCUGAUAUAGCGUUUAAAAUGACAGUACAUUACGCUUGAAUCCUGCACAUCCCUGUAAUCAAGUGGAAUUAGUUUGAUCAAGUGUUUUGUUUUUAGUGUAUGAAUGAUAAACAUCACGUAGAACCUUUUGUCACUAGAUGAGCUCCAACACAAACUCCCACCGCCAGCCGUUACACAAAAACACAUGGGGCUGCUCAUAUUGUGUGUGUGUGUGUUAUGCAGAUUUGACUUUGGUGACUGUUGGACUGUAAUUGGGGACCGUGUGUGUGUGUGUGUGUGUGUGUGUGU